AUUGGCCAUCGCCUCCGCCCGCAACCCCAUCACCACCACCUCCUCUCCUUCUCCGCUCCCAUGGGAGAACAAACCAUCCACUCCACCCAAUCUCUCUCCUCCUCCGCCCUUUCCACCACCACCACCACCGCCGCUGCCCCCCCUGCCACCUCCAACAACCUCCCCACCGACCCUGCCGCUGUUAGCACCACCAUCAUCACCGCCGCCACCACCACCAUCUCUCUCCGCCCACGAAAGAUCCGAAAGGUUUCUUCCUCCUUCUCCUCCUCGGUGUUGGCCGAAGACGCCUUCAAGAAGAACCCUUCCUCCGAUGGCCGCCUCGCCGUCCGCGUGAUCCCUCGCCCGCUGUCCGCCGACGGGGAGAUCGUCGUCGCCCUCCGCCACCUCCGCGCCGCCGACCCCCACCUCGGCCGCGUCAUGGACGCCCACGAGCUCCCGGCCUUCCAGUACCUCCACCCGCCCUUCCACGCCCUCGCCCGCAGCAUCCUCUACCAGCAGCUCGCCUUCAAGGCCGCCGCCUCCGUCUACUCCCGCUUCCUCUCCCUCUGUGGCGGCGAGGCCGGCGUCGUGCCCGAGGCCAUCCUCGCCCUCACGCCCCAUCAGCUCCGCCAGAUCGGCGUCUCCGGCCGCAAGGCUUCCUACCUCCACGACCUCGCCCGAAAGUACCACACCGGUAUCCUCUCCGACGCUGCCAUCGUUGCCAUGGACGACAAGUCUCUCUUCACUAUGCUCACCAUGGUCAAAGGCAUCGGCGCCUGGUCCGUCCACAUGUUUAUGAUCUUCUCUCUCCACCGCCCGGAUGUGCUUCCCGUCGGCGACCUCGGCGUACGUAAGGGGGUGCAGAUGCUUUAUGGUCUUGAGGAGGUUCCGCGGCCUUCGCAGAUGGACCAGCUCUGCGAGCAGUGGAGACCCUAUCGCUCCGUUGGUUCCUGGUACAUGUGGCGCCUCGUCGAGGCAAAGGGCACCUCCACUAUGGCUUCAUCCAACACUGAAGGGGGAGGACUCGAUAUUACUACCAUGGAAGAAGGAAUAGUGCAGCAACAACAGCUUGUCGAUCCAAUUCAGAUGCUUCCCAGUCUUGGAUGAGAACUGUACGAUGCCUACUGGUACUGCUUAGAUUUUCCACCAAAGCUAGCUUAUUGAAAUGGAUAUUUGUUCUUCUUUGUUUCCUCUAUUCAAUGAGCUGAGCUGCUGUCUGCACUGAAGUUGUCUGCUAUCUUAGUGUAAUUCAUCGCAUGUCCAGUGUUGUGUUUUUUUCGUUAAGUGGAGAAUCCCAAAGCCACUGGUAGGGCAGCCUGUAUGGUACUUAACUUUGACACUUAUACAUUUCAUUGGCAGAUGGUGGAAACAGAAUAAUGUUGUAAUACUGUUGGUCAUCUAGUGACUGUAAAUUACAAGCUAGAACAAAUUUGAUCAUCCAUAGUCAGGAUUGUUGCAGUUUUAUUGCAAAAUUAUUUAUGAUUAUGUGCGAUUGGAUA